CUACUCUUGAAACUUGCAUAUUUCUAAGAGUGGAAAAGAAAUGAAGGUUGGUGAUUUGAUUAGAGCACCAUAACAACAUAUCAUGACUUUUUAUUAUUUUUUUUUAUUAAUGCUAAGAAUGGUCAUUUGAUUAGAAAGCACUAUAACAACAUAUCCUGAUCUUUUCGGAAUUAAUGGUAGAAAAAAAAAAAAACUACUGCAACUUUUAAUUUUUAGUAACAAACUUAGGUGACAAACUUGCACUAACAAAGGGUAUUUCUGUCAUUUCAAGUCUUCAAAAUCUCACCAAAUCCCUCCACAUCCCAUCAGUAUAAAUUCGCUGUGUUGCGCCCAGUCCGGCCUCGAAAUAAUCACUGGUUUCCACUAUCCGCACUUCUAGAGAGAGGCAAAGCAAUCUGACAUGGUUUCCACUACCGGAAUGCAGAUAAAUAGUUGUUAUAGUGAGAGAUUGAUCAAAAGAAAGGGAAAGAUAAAUAGUACAGAAGAGAAUGGAGAUCAUGGAGGCUUCGAAUGGGAAUGUGUUCUUGGAUUUGGAGAAUGAGACGUCGUCGAACGCUGCCGAGGCGGUUGCCAAAGGUGAAGAAGAGCUUCUUUGGGCCGCGCUCGAGAGAUUAUCGUCCAAGAAACGGACGAAUUUCGCGUUGUUGAGGCGGUCGGUGUCGGAAGCGGACGGCGGAGAAGAGAGGAUCGAGACAAUCGACGUGAGGAAACUGGAUCGAUUCAGUCGUGAGCUCGUGGUAAAGAAGGCAUUGGCCACCUCCGAGCAAAAUAACUACAAGCUACUCUCUGGCAUCAAGCAACGACUCGAUAGAGUCGGAUUGGAGGUGCCAACAGUUGAAGUAAGGUUCGAGAAUCUUAAUAUCAGGGUCAACGUUCAAGUCGGCUCAAGAGCUUUGCCAACUUUGGUUAAUUAUGCUCGUGACUCCAUCGAGCAUGUCUUAACUGGUCUGAAGAUCUUCAGUCCAAAGAGGCAUUCUUUAACCAUCUUGAACAACGUCAGUGGUAUUGUAAAACCAGGAAGGAUGACUUUGCUCUUGGGCCCUCCAGGUUCUGGAAAAUCCACAUUACUUUUAGCUCUCGCAGGGAAACUUGACCCUGACUUAAAGAAAUGUGGAACUAUUACAUACAAUGGCCAUAAGCUUGAUGAUUUCUGUGUUCAGAGGACUGCUUCUUACAUAAGUCAAACAGAUAAUCACAUGGCAGAACUAACUGUACGAGAAACAUUGGAUUUUGCUGCGAGAUGUCAAGGUGCAAGCGAAGGCUUUGCAGGAUAUAUGGAGGAUCUCACUCGUUUGGAAAAGGAAAGGAAUAUACGUCCCUGUCCUGAAAUAGAUGCUUUUAUGAAGGCAUCAUCCAUCAGUGGUAGAAAGCAUAAUGUCUCAACAGAUUAUAUCUUGAAAGUGCUUGGUCUGGAUAUAUGCUCAGAGACCCUUGUUGGUGAUGAUAUGUUCCGCGGUAUUUCAGGUGGUGAAAGAAAGAGAGUUACUACAGGAGAAAUGUUGAUUGGGCCAAGAAAAACCUUUUUCAUGGAUGAAAUAUCUAAUGGACUUGAUAGCUCUUCAACAUAUCAAAUUGUAAAAUGCAUUCAGAAUUUUGUCCACCAAAUGCAAGGAACAGUUCUUAUGGCUCUUCUUCAGCCUGCACCUGAGACAUUUGAUCUAUUUGAUGAUCUGGUGUUAUUAUCAGAAGGGCACGUGGUGUACCAAGGCCCUCGAGCAGAAGUCUUAGAAUUCUUCGAAUUUUUGGGUUUCCAAUUGCCACCUCGUAAGGGAGUUGCAGACUUUCUUCAAGAGGUAACCUCUAAGAAGGAUCAAGCACAAUACUGGGCUGAUUCUUCGAAACCAUAUGUGUUCCUUCCUGUUCCAAAAAUUGCAGAAGCAUUUAGAAAUUCCAGACAUGGAACGUCUUUGGACUCCUCUCUUUCUGUUCCAUUUGAUAAAUCCAAGAUUAAUGCUUCAGCUCUUUUUAAGAUAAAGUUCCCAGUGUCAAAUUCAGAGCUUUUUAAAGCAUGCUUUGCAAGAGAGCAAAUUCUCAUCAGCAGGCACCGGUCUCUUUAUAUUUUCAGAACAUGUCAGGUGGCAUUAAUAGGAGUUGUCACGUGCACACUGUUUUUACGAACAACAAUACAUCCUACAGAUGAGAUAAAUGGCAAUCUGUAUCUAUCUUGUUUGUUUUUUGGACUGGUGCACAUAAUGUUCGAUGGAUUUUCUGAGAUAUCUCUUAUGAUCUUUCGACUUCCUGUUUUUUACAAGCAAAGAGAUAGUUUCUUUCAUCCCACAUGGGCAUGGUCUUUUUCUAGCUGGAUUUUGCAUAUACCCUACUCAGUCAUUGAAGCUGUUGUAUGGUCUUGUGUUGUGUACUACACUGUUGGUUUUGCCCCUGGUGCUGGGAGGUUUUUCCGCUCCACAUUUUUGUUCUUUUCCUUGCACCAAAUGGCAUUGGGUCUCUUCCGGAUGAUAGCUUCCAUUGCAAGAGAUAUGAUCAUUGCCAACACAUUUGGGCCAGGUGGGCUCCUUGUUAUAUUCUUGUUGGGUGGAUUUAUCCUUCCAAAAGAAAUGAUUAAGCCAUGGUGGGAUUGGGUAUUUUGGAUGUCACCACUAUCCUAUGCGCAACGGGCAAUUUCUGUUAAUGAAUUUACUGCCACAAGAUGGAUGAAGAGAUCUGUCAGUGGAAACAUUACAGUUGGAGACAAUGUUCUCCAAUCACAUAGUCUACCCAGAGAAAAUUAUUGGUAUUGGCUUGGAGUUGGUUUUCUAUUACUCUACUCCUUGCUUUGCAAUAUCAUAAUGUAUUUGGCAUUGGCCUACUUUAAACCUAUCACAAAAACCCAGGCAGUGAUUUCAUUUAGAAGAGAUGAGGAACCUAUAUUGGGUCGACUAGCUUUAGAGGAUGGAGUUAAAAAGAAGGGAAUGAUUCUUCCAUUUACACCAUUAACAAUGACUUUCCAUAAUGUCAACUACUUUGUUGACAUGCCAAAGGAAAUGAAUGUGAAAGGUAUGAAGGAAAAUAAGUUGCAACUCUUAUCAAAUGUGAGUGGAGUAUUUAGACCAGGUGUUCUUACUGCAUUAGUUGGUUCUAGUGGAGCUGGGAAGACCACUUUGCUGGAUGUGCUUGCUGGUAGGAAGAGUGGUGGAUGCAUACAAGGGGACAUUAGGAUUUCAGGAUACCCAAAAGAACAACAUACAUUUGCAAGAAUUUCAGGGUAUGUUGAACAAAAUGAUAUACAUUCUCCUCAAGUGACAGUUUGGGAAUCUCUCUGUUUCUCUUCAUGUCUUCGCCUUCCCAAGGAGAUGGACAAAGAAAAAAGAAAUGAGUUUGUUGAAGAAGUGAUGAGAUUAGUAGAGCUUGUCACUUUAAGGCAUGCUUUGGUAGGUUUGCCAGGCAGUACUGGCUUAUCCACAGAGCAAAGAAAACGUUUAACGAUUGCAGUGGAACUUGUUGCAAAUCCUUCUAUAAUCUUUAUGGAUGAACCUACAUCUGGACUUGAUGCACGAGCUGCAGCCAUUGUAAUGCGAACUGUUCGUAGUACUGUUGAUACUGGAAGAACGGUGGUUUGCACCAUUCAUCAACCAAGUAUUGAUAUAUUUGAAGCAUUUAAUGAGCUACUUCUUAUGAAACAAGGGGGCCAAAUAAUCUAUGGAGGGAAGCUUGGUGAAAAGUCACAAACUUUGAUAAACUAUUUUCAGGGUAUUAACGGUAUCCCUCCUAUUCCUGGUGGUUACAAUCCUGCAACUUGGAUGAUUGAGAUCAGUACACCCGCAUCUGAAGAGAGAAUUGGUCAAGACUUGGCAGAGAUAUACAAAAAUUCAGAGCAAUAUAGGGAGGUUGAAGAAUCCAUUAAGCGUAUGAGCAUUCCAUCUGUUGACUCAGUGCCGUUACAUUUUGCUUCCACGUAUUCUCAAAAUGUGCUGUCUCAGUUCAGAAUUUGCCUCUGGAAACAAAAUAUUGUAUAUUGGAGAAGUCCAUGGUACAAUGCUGUGAGACUAUUCUUUACUACAAUGAGUGCAUUAAUACUUGGCUCAAUAUUUUGGGAUGUUGGUACAAGAAGGGACUCGACUCAAAACUUGCUUGUUGUUAUGGGAGCUCUUUAUAGCGCGUGCCUGUUUCUUGGGGUCAAUAAUGCUUCUUCAGUACAGCCAAUAGUUUCAAUUGAGAGAAUAGUUUUCUACAGAGAGAGAGCAGCUGGAAUGUACUCCCCGUUUCCAUAUGCAGCAGCCCAGGGACUUGUGGAGUUACCAUACGUGGCAGUGCAGACAAUAUUAUAUGGUGUCAUUACAUACUUGAUGAUUAACUUUGAGAAGACAGUUGGAAAAUUUUCUCUCUACAUUCUGUUCAUGUUUCUCACCUUCACAUACUAUACCUUCUACGGCAUGAUGGUUGUUGGACUAACACCUUCUCAACACUUGGCUGCUGUCGUUUCUUCUGCAAUUUACUCGCUAUGGAAUCUGUUCUCCGGUUUUCUUGUUCCAAAACCAAAAAUCCCGAGAUGGUGGAUCUGGUUCUACUACAUCUGCCCAGUUUCAUGGACUCUACGAGGCAUCAUUAGCUCUCAGCUCGGUGACGUGGGAACAAAGGUUGUAGGAUCUCCUGGUUUUGAGGGCUCUGUGAAAGAGUAUUUGGAGGUUAGUCUUGGUUAUGGCCCUGGGAUGAUUGGGGUUUCAGCGGCAGUCCUUGUUGUCUUUGGCAUCUUCUUCUUUAGUGUCUUUGCUCUCUCUAUCAAACUCAUCAACUUCCAGAAAAGAUGAAUUGUUUUUCACCAGAUUCCAGCAACGUACUUUCUGAUUGCAUUCAUAUGCUUAUUGAUGCAAAUAUAUUUGUAUUAUUAAAUAUUGUUUGAGUUCAUGUUGUUUAUUUAAAUAAAUGAAUUGGAGUGAUACCUCCUCAACAUAUAAAUUCUGUACCUAUUAGAUGAUAGGCAGCAGCAUUGUUACUGUUGGGAUGAUGUGCCUUGAAGCCAAUGAAUGGAGUGUAAUUGACGUUUAUUGUUAAAAAAAAAAAAAAAAAAAUCUGUGGUUUUAAUGCUUUUAUAUGGUGAAUACUGUGUAUUGAUCAGUCCAUGAAAUUAAUCGAUGUGCUCUUUGACUAUGCGCGAGUUGAUUUAUAUGUAUGAUGGAUGUUCAUGCACGGGA